GAAAAGAAGAGGAGGGGCGGAGCUAGCUUCCAGUAUUGAAGUGUGCACCUUCUACAGGAACAACUUCUUUGUUGCUCCACGGCAGUCAAGCUUGUCGCUAUUUGUUUUUUUUCUUUUACUUUACAAAAUGAACGGUUUAAGCGGCGAGCAGAUGUCUCCACAGACGUUCCUUUACGGUUGCGUGCUUGAAACCGGAAAGGAGGUGCUGUUCAAUCCAGAGGAUGAUGACUUUGAGCAUCAGCUGGAUCUACGGAUGGCGUGUGCUGACCCGGCCACGAAAGAUGAGUUUCACCUGGUGGAGGUGGAAGGACAAGACUCGGAGGGUCAGAAGGUGACGGCAGCGCUGGUUUCCCUGAAGCCCUCCACUCUGCCGAGUGUGUGCCUCGGGGGUUUCACCAUCACACCGCCGGCGGUUUUCCGUCUGAAGGCCGGCUCUGGUCCGAUCCACAUCAGCGGACAGCACCUUGUCAUGAUGGAACCUGAUCAGUCCUUCGAUGAUGAUGACGACGAUGAUGAAGAGGAGGAGGAGGAAGAUGUCCCAGUGUCAAAGAAAAGACCCGCCAUGUCCCCUGUCCUCAAAUCUCAGAAAAAGAUGAAGCUGGAUGUUGAUGCAGGGGAUGAGGAUGAAGACUCGCCAGUUAAGGCCAAGAAGACGCCGUCCAAACCACCCAAGUCCGCCCAAAAUGGCAAAGGUUCCAAACCCAACACUCCGGCCCCAAAGCAGGUGAAGACCCCCAAAGGGAAGGGGGAAAAAUCACCUAAAGCUCCAGCAACCCCCAAGGAACCUUUAACGCUCCCUGAGAUCCAAACAAAGAUGACUGAGGCGAUGAAGAAGGGAGUCGCAUUGCCCAAAAACCAGCCCAAGUUUGAGAACUUUGUGAAGAACUCUUAUAAAGUCUCUGAUGCCAAGGUUAUUGAAGAGCUGUGGAAAUGGAGACAAGCUGUGGCCGACCCAAAAUAAAUAUUCCAAUUUUUAUUAGUUUUUUUUUUUUUUUUUUUUAACUUCAUGCACCCCCCACCCCCACCAUGUUCCUCACACUUGCGCUCAUUGAAAAUCAUGUUUAACGUUAUGACUA